AUGGAUUUGGGAUGUUGUAUUAACCUGUGCGUGUACGCGUGCAGCCAGGAUCCAGUCUUCUGCAAGUUUAGAGCAUACGAGAGUUCUUCGUCUCUAGCCGCAGGCCACCGCCAUGGCUGGACGCCGGGGCCCGCCAUCCCACCCCCCGCUCCGUCCAUAAAACCCCCCGCACCCUUCCGCCCUUGCAUCCAUCCAUUUCCCUUCCGCUCUUCUCUUCUCUUUUCUUCUCUUCACCAACCGCAGAGGCCGAGAACAAGCACGGCCCACCUCCUCUCCGCCCCCCGCGCCGCCGUCGGAGCGCUCGCGCACGGCCUCCCGACCGCCGCGACCAAGGCGGCCUCCUCGCUCCUUGUCGUCUGCCUGGCUGGCCGCAGGGCCGAGGCCGUCGCGCUGGCGCUCAAGGCCGCCACUGGAGGCACCCUGCAGGCCACCAACGGAGGCGGCCGCGGGCUCCCGUUCCGCGCGUCGUUCGUCGUGCGCGCCGCCAAGGGCUCCGACGACGACGGCCACAUCGUACCCGAAGGCAACGACGACAAGGACGCGGGCGGUGUGAUCUUCGUCGUCCCCGCCGGCAGCGACGACAUGGACGCCGACGCCGUGGUCCUCACCGGCGGCGAGGAGGAGAAGGACCGGGUGGUCGUCACGGGCGGCGAGGAGGACAAGGACCGCGUCGUCAUCACCGGCGGUCAGGAGGACAAGGACCACGUCGUCGUCACAGGCGGCCCGGAGGACAAGGACCGCGUCGUCGUCACCGGCGGCGAGGAGGAGAAAGCUGGCGAGCUCUACCGCUUCGGCAACCGGGAGGUGUUCAUCCCAGAGAUGACCCUGUACGAGCUGCUGAUGAUCUGCGACAAGGAGACGAGUCGGCUGCUGAACCGGGCGCGUCCGCGGCUCGACAAGCUCCAUGGCCUCAACAUCCUCAAGGAAUCGCACCAGCUGAUCAAGGACGAGAUGCGCAAGCUCGAGAUGCAGGACGCCCCCGUCCCCGGAGGAGGCCGCCGCGUCGCCCACCUCAUGGUCGGGCUGCACCUCCGCGUCGUCGCCUGGGCCGGCAAAGUCGAGGGUCUCCAGCCCCACCACUACCUGCCGGGGUUCCUCAGGACCGAAGAGCGCUACCGCCUCCCUAGCAAGAGCAAGCUCGCUGGCACGCUCAUGGAGCUGCUGCUCUACUCCAUGAUGAUGGCGUCAAACGCUAUCACCCCUUUCCUUCCCGAGCAGGUCUUUGAUUUCACCAACUACCCGUAAGAACAUAUCUUGGUUUUAUUGCAAAGUUGCAUCUUUUGUUUGCUUGAGCUCCAUUGUUCUGACUUCUGAGACAACCACUAGUGCGUAUAUGGCUUACGAUGGAGCCCUGUUAAGAUUCAUGUAACAGUUCUCAUGAUCAGCAACAUUCAGCUGCUUGUUACA